AUGGUAUCAAGAAAGUUUGAGAAAAUGACAAAGAUAUUUUUAGGAAGGCGUCCACGUCGUGGAGAAUUAUCAGCAAAUGCUGUCGCCACAGAACAAAAAGCAACAAAGGUCUUAGGCGUAGUCUUCUUCGCCUUCGUCUUCUUGUGGACACCAUUCUUCGUCCUCAACAUCGUCUUUGCGGCUUGCCCGAAUUGUAACGUUCCCGAACGGGUUGCCGACGCCUGCCUAUGGCUAGGAUACGUCAGUUCUUGUGUAAAUCCUUUGAUUUACACAAUUUUCAAUGGAGCUUUUAGAGAAGCAUUUUGGAGACUUUUGAAAUGCGAUUGCAGUAAAAAUGAAGGCAGACGAAGACUGUAUAGGGGUACUAACAGCGACAGCAGAAUUUGAUGACUAAAAUGUAUUAAACG